AUGAAAAAGAGAGCCAAUUACUUAACAAGGCAAUUCGAAGUUGCUUGGGAAACGGCGAAACAGAAACCAAAGCCCAAAUUGUUGCGAGUGAUGUUCCGAUUGAAUGCAAAGCCCAUGUUGAUCGCAGUGCUUCCAAGACUCAUUUAUGAUGUCACUUUGUUCAUCCCAAUUUUUGCACAAAGCGUAAUGAUUAACUUUGGUACCAAAUGGAACGACAUCGAGAAUUCAGAGUCUUCAUGGACUAACGAACAAGUUGCUGAGUCGUUGUCAUGGCAAUAUCAGAAAUGGACUGGUGCGAUGUUUGGUUUAUUUGUGGCGAUUAUUGCACUUACAUCUUCUGUGUGUGGACAUUAUUUCACUUAUAUUACCACUGUUGUUGGUCAGAAAAUGCGGUCGACACUCGUCAUGGCAAUGUAUGAAAGAAUAUUCGCGAUGAAUGCAAAAUCGCAAUCCACGACGCCACAUGGCCAGAUUUUAAAUAUGAUGUCUGUUGAUGCAAACUGUGUGAAUGAUAUGUGCUCACAAGUCCAUUUGUUGUGGUCGUGUACUUUGGAAGUUAUUUUGUCGUUGAUAUGGCUCUUUUAUUUGGUUCAAUGGAGUGCAUGCGCUGGACUUUUAGUGAUGUUAAUUUCAGUAUUUUUAAACAUUGUAAUAGCCAAACUCACUGUUAACCAAAUGAAGCAGUUGAUGAUUAUUAAAGAUACCCGUGUGAAACUCAUGACAGAAGUAUUGAAUGCGAUUAAGACAGUGAAAGUGAUGGUAUGGGAAAGACACCUGCAUGGUCAGUUACACGACACAAGAAAGAAAGAAGUCAAAAGAAUCUUGUGGGUCAUUGCUUUUAGAAGUUGCAUGAACUUCAUCGUCUGGGCAAUUCCACCAACGGUUUCCUUUGUUACUUAUUUAAUUCUGAUUAUUAUCCAACAUGGGUCGGCUGAUGCUAUUGGCCCAAAAGAAGCGUUUUUGACGCUUGGUCUGUUUAACAUCAUGAGACUUCCACUUAUUAGAUUCCCAAAACUGUUGAACGACACGAUGCAAGGUGUCACUUCGUUGAGAAGAAUUCAAGAGUUCUUGAUGAAAGGUGAAGACCAAAAAGACCGAGAUGCAGACAAUGUAAUUGCUGCUGUUGAGACUGCAGCGCCCGAUGCGCCAAGUAUUGCAGUUGAACAUGCGACAUACACAUGGGAAGACAACGACUCGACUGCGCUCUCAGACAUCAACUUCACUGCGAAGAAGGGGCAACUGAUUGGAAUCAUUGGUGAAGUUGGGUGUGGUAAGUCCGCGUUCUUCCGGUCAUUGCUUGGUAACUUACACAAGACAAAUGGUAUGGCGUUGUACAAUGGGAAGAUAGGGUAUGUUGCACAGAAUGCAUGGGUACAGAACUUGACUGUUCACGACAAUGUUGUCUUUGGAAAGAAACACAACAACGACGUCUACGAGAAGGUUGUUGCGGCUUGCGAAUUGAGAAACGAUUUGGAAAACUUCCCAGGUGCAGACCAAAUGGAAGUUGGGAUUGGCGGAUCAAAUCUUUCUGGUGGACAGAAACAGCGACUUGCGCUCGCACGUGCGGCGUAUCAAAAUGCAGACAUCUACUUACUUGACGACUGUUUGAGUGCAGUCGAUGCAAAUGUCGGGCAGAACAUCUUCAACAACUGCAUCAAAGGCAUUCUACGAGAAAAGACGCGUGUUUUGAUCACACAGACAUUCCAAUACCUCCCCGAGUGUGACUACAUCUAUGUGAUGAAGAACAACACAUUUGUCGAACAAGGUACUUUCGAAGAGUUGCACGCUCAACAAGAAAGUGAAUUCUUGCGUUUGUAUUCAAAUUAUGUAGCGAACGUUUCUCAUCAGGACGAACAUGGCAAGAGAAUAUUAAAACGUAAAAUGAAAAAUGGAAUCAAAGUCACACAACUUAUUCAUGGAGAAAGCCGUGAUACGUCAUCUAUUUUAAAGACGAUGAUGACAUAUAUAAAAUAUGGAGGAUGGUUCAACUUUGCUAUGGUGGUGUUCUUCUUCUUCGUUUCAUCAUUUUUGUUGCUUGCUUCCAACUUCUGGUUGGUCUUAUGGACAGAUCCAUCAAAAAAGGAUCAAUACGAGUUUACAAAAUCAUUGAAUGGAUACGAGUUGGUUGGUAUAUAUGGAGGAAUCAUUGCCGUUGUACUUUUCCUCUUUAUUUUCAGAUUCUUUUUCUUAGGAGCGUUGAACGGGAAAGCUUCAAUUAAAAUCCACUUUGAUGCGUUGAACCAUGUUUUGAACUCACCUAUGUCAUUCUUCCAAACAACCCCAAUUGGUCGUAUUCUCAAUAGAUUCUCAGAGAACUUGUUUACUUUGGAUGAUAAAAUCAAUUUGUCUUUGGCUCAGUUUAUUGCUUCGGUGACAAUGCUUGUCGUGCUAAUUAUCAUUCCAGUUAUGGUCAACUCCUUGAUGCUGCCAGUGAUGGCUCUUGGUCUAUUCUGGUUCUUCUAUGUGUUCAAGAUCUAUAUGAAAUAUGCCAAACAAUUACUUCGACUCGAUGUUGUAAAUAGAAGUCCAUUGUACAACAGUUUCCAAGAGACUUUGCUUGGACUUGACACCAUCAAAGUGAUGCACAACGAGAGGAGAUUCACUUCGAUAUUGUCCAACAAAUUGAACAAACAACAGAAGAUUUACUACGCCAAUAAUGUCUGCCAAAGAUGGUUGGGUGUUCGUGUUGAGUUAGUUGGGUGUUUAUCACUGGGUGCUAUUGUGACAGUCGGCGCAAUUCAAAUUGCAAGUAUUUCCCCGUCUUUAAUUGCCUUAAUGGUGAUGUAUAUGUUCCAAUACAACAAUAUUUUAACACAAUUUGUACAAUCGUGCGUUGAAGUCCAGAUGGCGUCGACUGCUGUAGCUGCUGUUUGUGAUUACCUUGAUUUGCCAUCAGAGAGAGGGAUAACGGAAGACGACCCGACAGUGACGGGUCGUGUUGGUCCCAAUUGGCCUGAGCAGGGAGACGUCAAGUUUGAGAACUUAACGAUGACGUAUUCAGCGGAGUUGCCGCCAGCUGUGAAUGACUUGACGGUCCAUGUGAAUCCUGGAGAGUCAGUUGGUAUUGUGGGGCGUACGGGAGCAGGAAAGUCGUCGAUCAUGGUUGCAUUGUUCCGGUUGUAUGAGCCGACAAGUGGGUGUGUGAUCAUCGAUGGUGUCAACACAUCGACACUUUCACUUGAGACGCUUCGGUCAAGAUUGUGUGUCAUUCCACAAGAGCCAGUCUUGUUCAGAGGCACUUUACGAAAAAAUUUGGAUGUUCUUGGGAAGCACACCGACGAAGAGAUGAUCCAAGCGCUUCAAGACGUUAACAUGAAGGAGAGUUUAUUCAGCAAAGGUGAUGGACUGAAUCUUGAAAUUGCUGAAGGCGGUGCAAACUUCUCGAUUGGGGAAAGACAACUCAUUUGUCUUGCACGUGGGUUGUUGUCACGAUCGAAGGUGAUCAUCCUCGAUGAAGCAACAGCAAACGUCGAUUUGCAAACAGAAAAGAGAAUCUUUGACGCAUUGUUCACACACUGCAAAGGAAGCACAAUGUUCAUGAUUGCACACAGACUCCACACCAUUUUGACGUGCGACAAGGUCUUGAUGCUUGAGAAAGGGCAUGUUGUUGGGUUUGGACAACCCGAUGAAUUGAAAAAGACAUGUGCAGAGUUUGCUUCACUUGUUUCAAAAACUGGUCUUGGCGGUGAACACUCCGAUGAACAAGAAGACCACAAAGAAGAGAAGGACGUCAAGCCAAAGGACGAAGUAAAACAAGAAACUAAGGAAGAGAAGCUUGUUGAUGUGCCCGAAGUUAAAGCAGUUGAACCACCAAAGAGCCCAAGUAUCCUUUAA